CCCCGUCUCUCCGUGGAAGUGCCCCCUUCGCAAAGCACGCGCCACUGCCCACAAGGUCAACACCGGGCCCGUGCGAUUUAAGGGUUAAUAAUGCCCGGGCCCACCCGACGGCUCGUGUCUACGGAAACGGUGUGAAUGCCUCUCGGCAAUAAAUUUAAAGAAAUGCUCCAGCGAUCACGCCCUUUCACCGGAAAACCGACGCUGUUUCCUUCCCAUCAAUUGCUUUGACGACUCCCCCCCCCCCCCCCGCUCGCCCUCGCCGCCACUCCUUUCCGCUCAGCGGCUUUUAGGCUGAGAAAGCGCUCCCCGCCUCUUUCUGCCUACGCCGCCACGAUGAGGUUCUUUACCUGCCACCGCGGUGGGCUCCUGAGAUGGGCUUUGCUGUCCCUGUUGUCGUCGUUGUCCGAAGUUCACGGUAAUUGUGGUUCUCCAGAACGAAUUUCCUAUGCUGAGCUAAUUGGAACUCGGCAAGAAAGCUAUCCUGUUGGGACUGUGCUGCAAUACCGUUGCUUACCAGGGUAUGAAAAUAUACCUGGAACAACUCCUUCUAUUCAAUGUCAGGAUGACUCCACAUGGUCAACACCUUCUGUGUUUUGUCGAGGAAAACAAUGUCGUCCUCUAGAUAUAGAAAAUGGCAGAAUAGUAUCUGAAGUUGACCUCCGGCUUGGUGAUGAAAUAACCUUUGCCUGUGAAACGGGGUACCGAUUAAUAGGCGAAAAGUCUGUUCGUUGUGUGGCGAGGGAGAACCUGGUUGAUUGGGAUAAAGAACCCCCGUAUUGCCAAAUAAUUCCUUGUUUCCCCCCAUCUCCAAUUACCAAUGGAAUACAUACUGAAAAUGAUGAAUAUGUAUAUGGCAAUGCAGUAACAUACAAGUGUAAUGCUGAAUUCUCCCUUAUUGGAAAUGCAACUAUUACAUGUACAACUGCAGAAAAUGGUAUAGAUGGAAAGUGGAGUGGACCUGCACCUGAAUGUAAAGUGGUCCAGUGUAAGAGACCACAAAUUCAAAAUGGAAACGUGGCAGGUGGAUUCCAGGCUACAUACACAUAUGAGAAAAUUAUAAUGAUUGAAUGUAAUGCUGGCCAUACUGUGGCCGGUAACAACUUUAUUAAAUGCGGAGCUGACAAUUUGUGGCAACCUGCUAUUCCAACAUGUGUUAAAGGAAUUAUUACCCCCACUGGUCGUCCGGGAGAUGAAACUACGGGAUCUGGCAAGACUAUAGGAAUUGCUGUUGGAGCUGUACUUGCUGUUAUAUUUGUGAUUGCUGCAAUUAUUGUAGCAGUGAAAUGCAAAGAUCGCCUUAAAAAGGGGAAAACUGCCUCUCCUCCUGCCUCUCCUAAGUCUUAUCAUGUAGCCCCAGACAAAGAUCCAUCAUUGUAAGAAAAAAAGCUGUCAAGACCUUGAUCUGAUUGCACUUAACUUCUACAGUAAAAUUUCAGUAUCCUUCCAGCUGAUUAUUAUUUCCCAGCAGUUUUCCUUUCAAGAACUAGACAUGGGAAUUGAGUGGAGAUCUGAGUGGAAAGCUUCAGCAAUUGUUAUAGUUAUAGAAAUUGGCCAUACCAAUGGCUUCAUGCACCAAAUGCCUCAAUGUUUGACCUCAAGAAAACCUUGCUCACUUGGUACUAUUACUAGGCCUUCUUAGAAGAUAAAAAUGGUGUGUGGGUAUAGCCCAGUCACCCAGAAAAAAGAAAUAAAAGUAUGCUCGGGCUUGUUGGGAGCAACCUGCAGGUUAGAGAGGGUGGUGAGAGCAACAGGAAGUGCCUUUCUCAUGUGUUUGUGUAUCCUAGCUUGUUUAUAUAGUUAUUUGUAUAGUUCUCUUUGACUGAAUUUGUGUGUGUACAUUUGCCUGGUGUGUGUGUGUGUG